AUGGGGGGGCAGCUGAGGGGCCAUGAUUGGAGUCGGAGUCGAUGCGACGGUGGCGGAGCGUUGCCCUUCUCCGUUACCUUGGGAUAUCGGCAGCAGAGCCAACACAACCAACAGCCCGUUGCCAGCGCCUGUCCGUCGUCUCAUUGCAUGGUGCCUUCCGUAACGGUACCGUGCCGUGCCUGGCAAGAGAAAAAGGCACGCUGCGACGCGAGUAAGCUGACCUAUUCCCAAGCUGUCGGUAGUGCGCAGAACGGAGGCGAGAAAACCCGCCGUGUCUCACGGUCUGCAGCGUCCGAAAUAUCCUCAAGAGACAAGACCGUAUCCGGAACGGAGACGGAGCCCAGCGAGGAAUGCGUCCUGGUCGAGAUGGUUCAGACCUUGAUCAUUCAAUGA